CUAGGGCGUCGUGUCUCGGUAACUGUCGACACUUUAUUAGUGUAUUUCAAAGGCGAAACAAUGCGCUGGGGACUAUGUUCAGCAGGUUUAAUUGCAAACGAUUUCUGCAAUGCUUUGCACUGUUUAAAUCCUUCAGAACAUAAAAUAACUGCAGUGGUAUCCAAGUCUUUAGAGAAGGCUAAAAAAUUAGCUGACGAAUUUAAAAUACCAAAUGUGUAUACCAGCUAUGAAGAAUUUGCCAAAGAUCCCAACAUAGAUCUGGUGUACCUUUCAACUGCAAACAGUUUUCAUCACCCUCUUUCCAUUCUUAUGCUUAACAAUGGUAAACCAGUUCUGUGUGAGAAAACCUGUGCUUGUAACACGAAGCAGACACAAGAAAUGAUUGAACUUGCAAAGUCAAAGAAAUUAUUUUUCAUGGAGGCUUUGUGGUCCAACUUCUUCCCAGCUUACAAAGCCCUUAGAGAAAUCAUUGACUCUGGAACCAUAGGAAAAAUACGCUACGUAGAUGCAGCUCACUUUUACGACUUAUUUUCACGUGAUUUUGUAUCACAGAAGUCUUUGGGUGGAGGAGGUCUCUUGUGUACUGCUGUGUAUGUAAUAUGGCUUGCAAGAUUUGUAUUUAAACAGGAUCCCGAAACUAUUACUGCUGUUGGAACGAUUGCUGACACAGGUGUCGACCAAUCUGGCAAUAUUAUUCUGACUUAUAAGGAUGGUGCCAGGGCCUCUUUGUCUUAUAGCGUUGCUGUGAAUGGAAGACGUGAUGCAUAUAUUUAUGGAACCAAAGGCAAAAUUUAUAUACAUCCACCAUUUUGGAGUGCCAGCAAAAUUGAGGUGAAUGGAGAAGAAAGAGAAUUUCCACCCCCCAAGUCUGAUGCGAAGUAUAAUUACCCCAAUAGCGCUGGAUUAGCUUAUGAGGCCGAAGAUGUCCGUCUGUGUUUUGAGAAGGGUCAGCUGGAAUGUCCUGCUCACACUCAUUCUGAUACUUUGUCAAUUAUAAAAGUUAUUGACGAGGUUCGACGACAACUCGAAGAGACGCAUCAGAAAAAUUAAGGUCUUUAUACGGAGGAAGAAAAAGAAAAUAUAGCUAUAAGAGAAUAGAGCGUUUACUUACAAUUAUUGAUAAUCUAGAUUAUACAUACAUGCAGAAGUUUAUCAUUUAGAUAUAAAUGAGUAUGUCUAAAUAUGCUACUAUAUGCAUGAGAAUACAUACAUAAAACAAAACCUACGAAUUCAGUUUCGAAUCUAAGCUCGGAGAAGGAAGUGUUAAUUUUUACAAGCUGAUGUGAAAUGUUUUCGCUUUGACGUACUAUAGCACGGGCUCUUUUCCAAGUAAGCUUUAAUUCGUCUUCCGAAAGCAAUUUAGAAUGGGCAGUCUCAUCACGAAUACCGGAAAUCAAACAUUGCAAAGCCAUUUCGUUUUCAAACAUUUUCAGAGGAAUCAGAUUGUAUUCACACUCAGGUAAAGCUUGUUGUAUUCUGGCAAUGAAAUCAUUGCAAUCUUUUUCAAGUUUCUAAUUUAGUUUUGUAAAACAGAAACGUGCUGUGUACACAUUUUUUGCAGGUCCCCAAAGUUCAUUCAGUAAACCAGCACUUUAGUUAAUGUCGCAGAUUCCGUAAUUCUUAAUACGUCAAAGUGUCUUUGUUCUUCCUUCACGAGAAAUUGGCGUAAUAACUUUAUUUUGUGAUAUUCUGAUAAAUUAAUGGUUGGUUGUAGUACCGGAAGUACUUCUAAAUAAUCCAAAUAAUCCAGCGAUUCCGUAUAGCGGGGAAUGGUUUGUCUGAAGUAAUACUCCAGUUGUGUGGGUAAAGACAGCAUAGCACACAUGUCUGUCCUCGGCGCCAGUUAAUAAGUACCAGUCAUAUUCCGGUAAUAUGUAAUUCAGGUCAUAGCCUAAUGAAAACAGAAUACCGAACGCCUGCUGUAAAUAAGACCGGCUUUAAAAAAUAUCCUUUCUUUACUGGGUUCUCAUAAGAGGCGUCUACAUCAUUCUGACAGUCUUCAAAACAUUUAUUGUUGCAAAACAAUUUACAGCAGGUUUUAUAGAUAGGAAAAGAACCAAUCAGAAUUAACCAUCAUGCACACACAUACACGCUCCCGCACGAUAGACUGAAUGACACAUAACAGAUAAUCGUUAGUUCAAGUUGUAACAUAAAGUAAAAGAGAAACGUAAGGAAACUAGAUACCAUUGUUCUCAAUGUGAUAUGUCACAGCGUGUGGUACCGUUUUGAUUUCUACCAUACGGAAGUUAAAUUUGUAAUUCACGUGAUUGUAAAUACAUGAAGUUGGUCUGACUUGUGAUAUCGAGUGAUCUUAUUCAGGAAAAAUACUGCAUGAGCGUCCUGCACAGAGAUAUAAUUUAGGUAAAUAAACAGUAAUUGCACUAAAGCGGUUGACGUAAAUAUACGCCGAACGUUACCUCGUACCGAGUGCUGAUCACAAUCGGCGAGAUUAUCGUUGCCGCGCGGUUGAUGUAAAUAUACGCCGAACCAUUGUCGUGCGCUAAUUGAUGAUCUCAACCGAGAUGAUUACCGUCAAUGCAACCUUGUUGCUUGAUUUUUUAAAAAAAACCGUUGUCAUGAGGUUCACCACUUUAAAAUUCUGAUUGCCAAACAGUUCUUGAAAACAAACGACACAAUUGCCUUUUAACUUCCGUCUUACUUUAGUAUUGUACAAAAAGCUUCACAUCUUCAUUAUUAAGAUACUGUUCACAGAGUAUUCAAUUAGAUAGGGAACUCAAUUUUUGUUUGUUUACCUUCUUGAUAAUAAACUCCAAUAAAAUCUU